AUGGCCAACAUACGCUUCGCCGUGGGCAUCCAGCGGCUCAUCCCCUUCCUCGGCUACCACCACAUUCUCAUGAUUAUGAUUGCUCUGGCAAUAAUACUGCUAUCCCUCCUCCUAGCAGGCUGCUCUUCCUCCUCCCCCUUGAUCCCAGGCAUCUUCCUCGUCUCCUUCUUCUACGUCCAAGGCGGCUACACGCCCGCCUUCAGCCCCGCCCAAGUCAAUCCGGGCAUCACAAAAUCCAUCGCCGAGCUCGUGGGCUCGACAUGCCUCGAGGUGCGCGUCGGGUAUUUCGGCAUCUGCAUCACGUACAGCGACGACGGCUUCCUGUGCAGCAACAACGCGACGCUGCUCGCCCAGCAAAUCGCCGAAGUACAGCAGGACCCGCUGAAUCUAAUCUGGGUCGCGAGCACGUACAAGAAUCUGGUGGUGUUUCCUUAUUUGCUCAUCGUCGGCAUCGUCCUCGCCUUCAUCGUCAUCCUCCUCCUCGCCACCUUCCCCGGCUGGCACGAAGAGCACGACGCCCGCACCGGCAGCGACGUCGACAUCAAGCCCUUCCCCUCACGCCCCGUCUCCCAAGUCGCGCUCGCCCUCAUCUUCGUCGCCUCCAUCUUCGUGCUCGUCAGCGUGCUAUGGCAGCACACGAGCUCCGUCGCCGCAGCACAAGUGGCGCAGGACUUCGGGAAUGGGAGCGUGAAGAGCGGUGUCGGGACGGCGGCGAUGGUGCUGGGGUGGUUUGGGUUUAGUUUGCUGAUUAUCGUCACCAUUGGGCUGUUGGUCAUGAUUCUGAGUAUUCAUUUGCUCGAUCGGUUGACGGAUGAUUGA